AAAAUAAAAAUACUGCCUUUACAAAAUUAUACGGUGGUGACCUCCGGCAGUUUGUCUCGUCAUUUCCUCUUUGGCUCUAUCAUUGGUUCAUUGUUCACACGCAGCCACUGCUCACUCCCUUACGUGUUUUCAUCCUUCACGAACACUAUAAAUUGCCUCCAAGGUUCGAGCAUUCAUGAUUCAUCUCUAGCUUCUUUUACCAAAGAAUCAUCGUCUGAUCUUGGUCUUGGCCCAUUAAUUUCUUAUUCUGCAAACGCAUUUAAUGGAGAAUCGGGAAAGAUCAUUCCCAGGACCUUCACUAAACGACCCGCAGAAUGAACCUGAAGAAAUACACCUCCCCAGAAAAUAUACUGAUCAGUUUCCGUCAUACACCACUCCUAUGACGGAUUCCGGUGAUCACCGGAAACAACCAGGGAAGGAAACUUACAGUACUGCAACUACCGACACUUCUGCUGUACAAACAGAGCUAUACAACUCCGCCGUUGACCUUGAAAAUCCUAACAAGGUAUGGAAGGAUGUCAAUUAUGAUUUUACAAGUGAUGGAUAUAAAUAUGAUCCCAAGACCCACCGUACACCAUCGUCAAUCCCUGAAAGUCCCAAUAACUACGGCCAACUCACCCCCAAGGAGGUAAGGAUUUCCUUCAACGACGAGGUGAUGCCAACACCAAACCGGCGGCGGUCAAAUGUUAGUGGUGGCGGUGGUGGGGAAGAGGUACUGGUUUGCUCCUCAAAUGCUGCAUAUAAACGAAAUUCGACCUUGAUGAGGACGAAGACAAAGUCAAGGUUGAUGGAUGAGCCGGAGAUGAAGACAUCCAAAUCUGGAAAUUAUCAAGGGAGAGGUGGUAGUGGUGGUGGUGGUGGUAGUGGUGAUAUGGAAGAGGAUGAUUUCCCUUUCAACGACGAUGAUAUUCCAGACGAGUACAAGAACUUAAGGUAUAGCAAAUGGACUUUAUUUCAAUUAGCGAGUUUGAUACUAAUCAUUGGUGUUUUAGUUUGUACACUCGCUAUACCAAGUUUCAGAAACAAAAGCUUAUAUGAUCUUGAAUGGUGGAAAUGGGAGAUUAUGAUAUUCGUUGUGAUCUGUGGGAAAUUAGUUUCAGGGUGGGGGGUUAGGAUCUUAGUGUUCUUCAUAGAACGAAGCUUCUUAUUGCGAAAACAAGUUCUUUAUUUCGUAUAUGGGUUAAAAAAAGCAGUUCAAAAUUGCAUUUGGUUAUGUUUGGUUUUGAUUGCUUGGCAAUGCAUAUUCAACAAGAAAGUUGAAAGGACGACAUAUGGGAAGACGGUUUUGCCUUAUGUGACCAAGAUUUGGAUUUGUCUUUUGGUAGGGACAGUUGUUUGGUUAUUGAAAACUUUGUUGAUCAAAGUUCUUGCUUCAUCUUUCCAUGUGAGCAAGUUUUUUGAUCGGAUCCAAGAUUCUUUAUUUAACCAAUACUUGAUCGAAACCCUCACUGGCCCACCUGUGAUUGAGAUUCAACAAGAACAAGAAGUGGAAGAGGAAGAUUGGGGGAUUGAUGAUGUUGAUAAGCUUAAGGAAGAUGUCUUUAAGGGUUGGAGAGCUAUUGGAACUCCAAGAUCCAGUAAUUCCACGGCUGGUAAAAAUGAAGGGAUCACAAUUGAUCACUUGCAUAGGCUAAAUCAGAGGAAUAUAUCUGCUUGGAAUAUGAACAGGAUGAUGAAUGUUAUAAACACAAGUUUGUUAACAACUUUAGAUGAACACUUAGAAGAUAUAAGUGAUGAUGAAGAUGAAGCUGCUGUGCAGAUAACUAGUGAAAACCAGGCUAAGGUUGCAGCCAAGAAGAUCUUUUUCAAUGUGUCAAAGCCAGGCUCUACACACAUUUAUCUAGAGGAUUUGGGGAGAUUUUUGCCAGAUGAUGAAGCUUUGAAGACAAUCCGACUGUUUGAUGACGUAAAUGAAGAACAAGGAAUCAGCAAACGAGCUCUCAAAAGUUGGGUGGUUAAUGUAUUCCGAGAGCGUAGAGUUCUUGCACUAUCUCUCAAUGACACAAAAACAGCUGUGGACAAACUCCAUCAGAUGAUGAAUGUGGCUGUGGGAAUCAUAAUACUCGUGAUUUGGCUUCUUAUACUUAGAGUUGCAACCACCCAGUUCUUUAUAUUCCUAAGUUCACAGCUAGUGUUGGUCGCCUUUGUGUUUGGAAACACAUGCAAGAUGUUGUUCGAGGCCAUUAUUUUCUUGUUUAUAGUGCAUCCGUUUGAUGUCGGUGAUCGUUGCGAAAUUGAUGGUGUUCAGAUGGUAGUUGAAGAGAUGAAUAUAUUAACAACCAUCUUCUUGAGUCCGGACAUGGGUGAUGCAAUCGACUUCUGCAUCCAUGUGUCAACUCAAGCUGAAAAGAUUGCUAAAAUGAAGGAAAGGAUUACAUGCUAUGUCGAGAAGAAGAGCGACCAUUGGCAGCCUGCACCGAUGAUCGUGCUAAGGGAUGUUGAGGACAUGAAUCGGCUCAAGAUAUCCAUAUGGCUUGCACACCGAAUGAACUUCCAAGACAUGGGUGAAAGAUGGAAAAGAAGAGCUCUUCUAGUUGAGGAGAUGAUCAAGAUUUUCAAGGAUCUCGACAUUGAGUACCGCAUGCUCCCACUUGAUGUUAAUGUCCGCAAUAUAACCGCCGUGACUUCAAAUCGAGUUCCCUCAAAUUGGACAGCUUGUGAAAAUUGAUCCAUGAGGGAGAAUCAUAUAUGUAUACUCGUAUAAAUCCCUUGUUAUUGUGAAUAAACUACGGAUUGUUGACUAUUCCAGUUUACGAUCAACUCUUGUCACCUUUAAAGGUUGUAAGAUCGAUGUAACAUUCAUAUCGAUACAUGAUAAGCAAAGUCCUGCUAAAUCUAUUUUCUAGUGUUAUAGGUGUAA